CCCAAAUAUUUCCAUUUCCCUCUCAUAAAACCCAAACCCCUUCCCUUAUCCCCUAGCUACAGCUUCAACAGUUCUUUAUAAUUUCCCCCGCUGUUUUCUCCGGCAAUUGUAUUCACAGGGAAAGUUCGUAUCGUGUUCAGAGAAAAGAAAAAGGAGAAUCUGAUUUUUGUAUUCACUUGGCUUGUGCUCUUACUUUUGCCAGCCUCUUUCUAUUAAUUUUCUUUCUGCCAGUUGCAGAGGCUUAAUCUGAAACUGUUUGAAAGAUAAUGGCAAAACCUUCCCAACCACCUCAAAAUGGGAAGGAGGAGAUCAAAGAGAUUGAUACUGCGACCGCCAGCAACGAUAAUGAGAGCAGCAAAAAGAAGGUGACAAGAAAGUUGCCAAGCCCGAAAGAGCUUGUAUCACACUAUGAAUCGCAAGGUAUGGACUCUCAAGAAGCUUCCUUUAAGGUUAUUGACGAUCUCCAGGGUGCUCUCUUCAGGAUGAUCAGCACUUCUCGAAAUGAUAAGAAUCGCAAUAAUAGGAAUAUGUCAUCCGAAACCUCCAGAAAGUUGGAUGUCAUAAACGCUCGACUUCUUAGCCUUGAUAUGAAAGUUGACUCCAAGCCAGGCUACCCUCAAGCCCUUGCCAUUGGAUUGGCCGCUGGUGGCCUUCUUCAAGUGCUCCCUCGUGUUGCAAAUUCGGUUGUCCAAAUUUGGAAUACUGUUAGAAGUGCUUCAAACUCAAGUCCUAAAUCUUGUUGAUUAGCAUGUUUGCUUCUAGUCAUGGUACUUCUACUUUUGAAGUAGGAAUUUUGUUGAAUUAUGAUUGCCGGAAAAUAGAAUAUUGUAGGGGCCUUUCUUCAUUACGAAUGUUGUGCAACCUUUACUGACCCGAGGGUCCGUCGGAAACAGUCUCUCUACCUUCACAAGGUAGAGGCAAUGUCUACGUAUACACUGCCCUCCCCAUACCCCACUUGUGAGAUUUUGUUGUUGUUGAAUGUUGUGCAACCUAGUGCCAUGAAUCUUAGCAUGUAUCACAUUUUUGGCUGUUAAUGCCAACUACUAGUUCCAUUCUUAUUCUA